UCUCUCUGUUUCUGAGGAGAUUUUCAUGGCGAUUCUCAAUCAAUUCCGGAUUUUCUCUGGAAUUCCUUUCUGGGUUUUGAUCUUCACGGUCUGUUCUUGCAGAAUCUGCUCGAGUGCUUUGAAUACAUUCACUCUCGAUUCGGUUAGAGAAGCUCUGAUCAGAGAGGAAGAUACCAUUGUCUUCAGCCUCAUUGAGAGAGCGAAAUUCCCUAGAAAUUCUCUGAUUUACGACGAAUCCAAGCUUCGACUUCCUGGUUUUUGUGGUUCUUUCUUGAAGUUCUUCGUCAAAGACUCGGAGAUUCUUCACGCCAAGGCCGGUAGAUAUCAAAGCCCAGUGGAGCGUCCGUUCUUCUCCAGCAAACUACCAUGGCCGCUAUUGCCUCCUCGCCCGGACCCACAGGUGUUACAUCCUGCAGCUGCUGCCUCUAUUAACGUAAGCAAGACCAUAUUGAACGUGUAUGUCGACAAAGUGCUCCCACUAUUCACUACCAACGGUGAUGAUGGCAACUACGCGGUGACCGCAGCAUCCGAUCUUGCGUGUUUGCAGGCCAUGUCGAGAAGGAUUCAUUAUGGGAUGUUCGUUGCAGAACCCAAAUUCAGAGAUGCCCCACAGGACUAUGGGCCUGCCAUCCGCGCUAAGGACAGGGAUGCUCUGAUGAAGUUGCUGACAUCCGAGAGUGUCGAAGAAUUGAUAAAGAAAAGGGUGAAGAAGAAGGCGAUGAUGUUCGGGCAGGAAGUGGGCCUUGGUGACAAGUCCAAUAAGCCCAAGUACAAGAUCAACCCAUCGGCGGUAUCGCACCUCUAUGGAAAGUGGGUGAUGCCUCUGACUAAGCUCGUCGAGGUCGAGUACCUUCUCCGGCGUCUGGAUUGAGACCAUUCAUUCUUGUCCGACGAUGAUGGGCCCGAAUUCGGGAAUUUACAUUAAUGGGUGGGCUUAAUUGUAUGAAUUCCAUUCUCCACAUUCAUAAUAAAUCAAAUGCCCGUAGCAGAAGUUCGCUGUGGAUUUAAGACUC